GGCACAAUUUCCAAAAUUUGGGAGCCGAAAAAUCCACUGAAGAAAAUCAACAAUAUCGACGACAAUUGUAUGCGGUGGUUUGACCAGCGAUGUGCCGCAGCAAGUGGAUCAUCACAUUUUGUCGGUCAGUGUAUCAUCGACCCUUUGUGGUUUAGCAUCGAUAAUAAACAGCAAUCGUUUUAAAAGUAUAACUAGAGGCCCGUACAAUACAAUCGACGGUGUCCAAGAUGAAAAGGAUGACACGAGUGUUUGCUGUACUCUUGCUAUCUUGCUGUCACUUGGUGCUGGUCAAUUUACAACAGCUGUCGUGGACGCCCAUUUAUGUCGGAUCCAAUAAUCAAGUGGACUUGUGGACACAAGGGUCGCAUGGCUGUCAAUGCAAUCACGAGCCGGCCAGGCAGGACUGUGCUUGUUGUGUACCACAAGGCGGAUGUCAAUGCGGAGCUUUAGCGCCGAACCGAUGUGCGCAAUGCGGCCUGGAACAACACUGCACUAACAUGUGUAACAUCACGAUAAAAGCGGAUCUGCUAUUGGCCCGCUCGAAUUCUACUUUCGGUCAAAUUAAAUCUCCCGCCCUUUCGGGCCCGGCGUCAUGUUGGUACACACUGGACCCCGGAUACAACAGACGCGUGGAAUUACAAGUCUACAGAUUAGUCAACACCGGGCAUUUCAACGGAUCCAGUUGCGUUUCCGGCUAUCUGGAGCUUAUGGACUCCUUCGGACAAGGCACCGGUCCGCGGAUAUGUGGCCAAAACGAGCGGUUGACACCUCCUGUGGUCAUGUUUGCUGACCGCGAAUCGGCCCUGCUGAACUUUAGGAUCGACGAAACUACAUCCAGAUCACAGUUUUUGGCGUAUUUCAGUUUUACAACGUUGACGGACAACCAUGGUUUGGCGUUCAGACCGAAGGGAGGCAGAAGAAUAGAGCACACCGCUUGCGAUUGGCUGUAUCAAGAUUUCUCGUGCAAAAAAGACUCGUGCGUGCUUGCCAGUCCGGGAUUCCCAGGAAUUUAUGGUUCGAACAUCUACUGCAAGUAUCAUAUUACAACCAGUUCGGUUCACACUAAGGUGCGAUUGCAAUUUCUAGCACUGUCUAUGCCGCUCAAUAAUUGCGGUACUCAUUACAUAAACGUUUAUCAGGGACCUUCUUCGAACAGCCCCCUGGUGACCACGAUUUGCGACAAGAGCAAAAAAGAGUACACUUUUCCGGGUCCCAACGUUCUGUUGGAGUUUAGGGCCGGAGCCGCCAUUCCGCCUUACGAUUACACCGGUUUCGUGUCCACCAUAGACUUCAUCGAUGACGUCAUGGCGAAACCGCCCACCAGCACUGUGCCAGCACCAGCAGUCGUGCCGUCUUCGCCCUCGGUAUCCACGCCAAGAGACUCCAAGUACGACGAACCGUGUCGAGUGACGAUUAAAUCGACCGACACGAAAUCCGGGCAUUUUGAUUUGAGGGGAAAUCAAAAUUGGAAAACAAACUGCACCAUUCGGUUUGUGGGGAAAACGCCGGAAAUUGUGCAGUUAUCUUUGUUCAACUAUGUGUUGAAAAAUCCGUCGUGUCAGUCGUUCAUCGAGGUCUACGACGGUCCGGACGUGAAAACUAAAUACAGGACAAAAAAGCUGUGCGGUCCCAUUGAGAAGCAUGCCAGAGACACGGACGGCAGGUUUCGGCAGAGACAGAUGUUUGUUUCGACCGAAUCGGAAAUGACGCUGUUCGUCCGACGGUCGACGGCAGCAACGCAAAACGAAGAAGCCGAAUUUCUGGACGGAGCCUACAACUUCUUUAACGAAUUGGAAAAGGGUACACUGCAACCAGAAACUCUCUGCGAUGUAAACUAUUACGGACUGAGCAGCUCUUCCAGAGGGAAAUUAAAGCAACCCGGCACCGAACAAACGUUUUGGAACGUCGAAGGGCAAAUGAGGUGCUCUCAAAAUCUUUUCCCGGCCGCCAACCAAAGCGUCAGCGUCAAAAUAAUAUCGUUGAACAAAUUGUCGUCGGACCUGUGUUACACCGAAUGCGGAGACGGCGGUUGUCGCUGUGUAAAAAAUUCAACGUCGGUCGUCGACCAGCUUUUUGUCAUGUCCACCAAAGGCGACAUUCUAUCUUGUAUUUGCGGAGAUUUUCAGGCCGAAUGGUUACCGGUGACCGUCAAGUCGUGGUCGCCCAUCAACUUGGUGUAUUCCAUAUCCAAGUACAGCUGGUCGAGCAAAGGCUUCGAGUACACGGCCGAGUACACGUACAAAGACGACACCGUGUGCGGUUAUCGGGUGAUAAACCAACACACUGGGAUCCUCGAGUCUCCCAUGAUAAUCCGGGAGAGUCCGCUUAACUUUUACUACCAUCAGGAUUGCACGUGGCUCUUGGAUUCCAACGUGGAACGCCACUUGACCAUAGAAAUUGGCAGCUCGCAAAGUCGGCCAUGCUCGGCUUGGAAUAUAAGCGUUCACGAAUAUUCGGAAAAGGCCGACGAUCGAGCCGGUCCGGAAUUGUACACGUUCUGCUCAAGAGAAAAGAAUUUAACCAACACACUUCCGUGGCAAAUGAAUAUCGUUGUCAUUAAAUUAAGAGCAAUGACUCAAACGCCACCUCAGUAUUACAUUAAAUGGAGAUCGGAAAUCGACCGUGUCAGACUGUCGGGAUCUACAGCUCACACGAGAGCGGCCAGCGGUUCGACAAAACCAACCAAUAGUUUCUUUGUUAUCAUAUUUUUCGCGUUAAUCUUUACUUUUUAUGUAAACCAAUCGAAAAACAGCUAAACACACAUUGUAAGGUGGACAAUUAAAUUUCAAACCCUACAAAAGUAAUAAUUUGUUGACAAGUUAUAAUAUGGAUUAUUAAUUAAUUCGUUGAUGUGCUCUGCUAUGCUGUAGGAGUUAAUUAUUUGUUUAUAAUCUAUUCCAAGGCGUAACGUUUAUUUUAUAUUGUGUGAAAUAAGGCGUCACAGUAGACAUGCUUAAGACAGAGGAGUCCUCCAUUAAAAAAAAUCUAUGUUGAAUGUUAAAAAUAUAAUUUCAUUUAAAAACAUGUGUUAGGUAUGUGAACAGGAAAUAAAUUAGUCCUCGGUAUUAGUUAAUAUUUAAGUAUGAAAUGGACAAUGCCAACACAUUUUACUGUGACGUUCAAAUGACCGGAUAGUAUUUAAAGUUAUAAAAUUAGAUUAGGUAAUGAUAGCAUAAAUAUAUAAAAUGUAUAAAUAAUUUAGUGAUUUAUAGACUAUAAUGAUAUUUUUUUUUAUUAUUACAAACGAGCCCUCUCGAUAAUUCUCCUUUACAAAAUCCGUCCAGGGAAAAAUAUUUAAAUUUUUUUAAUUUUAAAUCUGAUUAUUCUCAAUAACCGCGUUGUGCGUUUUAUGUUCGUAGCUAUUAAGCAAACAUGCAUUUAAAAGUCCAUUUUGUUUUUAAUUGAAACUGUAAGUCAUCUCGUCAAUCUUGUCUAUGUUUUAAAUAAUGUACUCCUUUAACAGCUGUAAAAGGAGAUACGAUUUUUAUCUUACCGUUAGCAUUGAUAUUGUUAUGUUUUUGAGCUAAAUGUUAAUACACUGGUAAAUAAUGUAUAAAUAUAUAGAUGUUUUUUAAUUGAGUCCACUGGAGAAAAUUACCCCAAAACCUUUAUUAGUGUUACAUAUUUAAAAUGCAGUUUUUGUAAAAGAAUGUAUAAAAUAUUGCACAAGUGGAUUUUUAUUUUUUAUUAUAUAUUGCCCGAGUUGAUGAACAAAAUAUAAUUAAUAGAUAUAAUUAGUCAAUGGUCUUCUAUGAAAACCAUAUUAUUAUGUGAGUUAAAAUAAUGUAAUUCCCGCCAUAUUAAAAAGUCAUCUUAAGUAUGUAAGUUUAAAAAUUGUACAAUCAAUAAGUAUUU